AUGCACAGUCCGGGCAAGGGUCACGCCAGCUCGGGAACGACAAGGAAGCAUGCACACGGUCACAUGUCAUCGAAUGGCUCGGCAGCGUCUAUGCAGACAACAGCGGACCCGAACGAGCUCCUCGUCGUAGCAGAUCAGCAUCCCGCCAAUCUCUUCCUCGGCCCCGAAGAGCUUGUCGUCACAGGCACCCACAGGCCCUCCAUCACGAGUGCAGCAGCUUCAUUCGUCCUUAAACGCGGCUCAAGGACCUCAUCGAAACGUAUACCGUAUGACAUCAUCUUGGACGUUAAGCUGGAAAGACAGCCUAGCCUGGAUGACUUGCUCUUGACGGUUCAUUGUCUCAAAACAUCUACAGACGCGGAACUACGCACGCUCAAGUACGAAGUGCCUGUGCAUCACGAGCUUGUCGCACAAGAAUGGAUCGAGCGUCUGCUCGCCCAUGCCUAUCCAGCGACGCGACGACAUCGCAGAUUCAAAGUCUUUGUAAACCCAGCGAGCGGGCCUGGAAAGGCAAAGGCGAUAUGGCAGACCAAGUGCCAGCCCAUCUUUGAAGCAGCCGGUUGCCAUCUUGACGUCUCUUUCACCGAGGGGCGCGAUCAUGCAAAGCAAGCCUGUCAGACAUUAGAUCUAGAAAAAUACGACGGUAUCGCUAUCGUCAGCGGGGAUGGUCUGGUGCACGAGAUCUUGAACGGCCUAGCACUGCGAACAGACGCGCGCAAAGCUCUGAUGACACCUCUCGCCGCACUACCUGCCGGCUCAGCAAACGCGUUCGGCGUCAACGUCAGCUCGCCUGCACGGGGUCGAAAUCCCGCGUAUCAGUGCUUAGUAGCUAUCAAAGGUCGUCCCAUGUCUAUCGAUCUCGCUUCGGUCACCCAAGGCAGCCAAAGAUACUUCUCCUUCCUAUCGCAAGCUUUCGGCUUGAUGGCAGAUGUCGAUCUGGGGACGGAGGACAAUAGAUGGAUGGGCGACACGCGAUUCGUGCUUGGCUUUGUGCAAGGCGUGCUGAGCGAAAGGACAUACAACUGCACGCUGUCGAUGCGCAUAGUUGGCCAAGGCACCACCAAGGAGAGUAAAGGAGCUCUAGUAGAUGACCACAAAAAGCGCGCAACAGACACAAUAGCACAAGAAGGAAGUCUUAACUCAAAAGACUACAGUCUGCCGAGGUUACGCUUCGGAACAGUACAAGAUCCGCUGCCUGAACAAGAAGCGAUACCAGUUUCUAUCGACAAGCCAUUAGAUGUUGCGCCUGGUCUGAGCAAAUGGACGACGUUCAGAGGGCCGGUCAGCACAGUCUAUGCGGGCCUGCAACCGUAUGUUGCAAAGGACUACAUGCCCUUUCCACUUGCAUGUGGCGAUGGCCUCAUCGACAUCUCUAUUGCUCUGCCUCUCAGUCGCUAUGAAGGUCUCUCUGGUCUGGAUGGCGCAGGCGAAGGCAACACGCUUCAUCACUCCAAUGUGCAAUAUUAUCGCGUUGAAGCUUACAGACUCACGCCAGAGGGACGAGCGACAAAGGGCAAAGUCGCAAAGGUGCACAAUGAAAAGUCGGAAGAGGUCAAAUCGAAUGAAGUGAGCCCGGUGCUUGCGAAAGAGUACAUCUCCAUCGAUGGCGAGAGCGUACCCUAUGAGCCCUUCCAGGUCGAAGCUCAUCGUGGUCUGGGUCGCACGUUUACCCUAGAUCCAUCGGGUAGUCUGUACAAGCCUGAUCAAUGGAAGUAG